AUGAGCCAGCCCCUCACGCUGUUUUGGCCCAUCUUUCCCCAGAGAUCGGAUGGCCGCACUGUCGUUAAUAACAAGGGCACGCCAGUCCGCAAUGGCCCGACCGAGUCGCAGCUUGACCGCACGCCCAACGAACACGGCCAGAGCGACUUCUACCGACUGAUUGAGAAGGAUGACGCGAAGCACGUCGAUUGGCGCAAGAAACUGGGCGGCAUGCUGCUGCGCGAGAUUGGCCGCAAGGAAGACGAAGACAAAUGGCAACAGAGCAUUCUGUGGGACUUCCCUGAAGGCUACAGGCUGUACGAGCAUAUCAAGUCCAAGACCAAUGGCGAGUCGAAAAACCACUCCGGUGGCGGUCAUGACAGACAAGACGCCUACCUUUACGGCUAUCCCAAAGGACCCCGAAAACGCUUUCGAAGCCCAGUCGAGUUCUUCCCGCAUCUGCUGUGGCUCCUCACCGACGAGGCGAGCGACUACAGCAACUGCACCUGCCGUAUAUGCUCGCCUAACCAGAUCGAAGUUGAGAAACCCGCCCAACCAGCAAGACCUGCGGACAUCACAUCAAGCACAACUACUGGCCCGAGAACAAUGAGCGCUCCCAAUGGGCCUAUACCGGUCAACCGGAAUCCGGCUCCGAUACCUAUUCGACGUCCCAGUGUAGGCACGCCCGUCGCACAAAGCCCCGUAUCGAAGCCUGCCACACCUACUACUAGCCCACACCACACCGCACAAAUUAAAGCGCCACCUCGGCUCGAGCCUACUUCCCUCCCACAACCACGCACACUCGACCAGCAAGUCGACAGCCAAUACGGCAAAUUCAUCGCUCGCCCUGGGGAAGUAGUAUGGUUCAGGAGGCCAGGCGGUGCCUUUGGCUUAGGACUUGUGGCACGGCGCUGGUCAUCCGCAAGCGGCACCACUAUCGGCAUGUACAGCAUACAGCCACUUUCAUACCCCGGUCAUGCUCCGGCUCAAGAGAUCGUUGAGGCGGGAGCGGAUGUGAAGCCUUGGCUGGCCUGGUCAGUGCCGUCUUGCACUUUCGAGGUGUUGCGGCAAAACCCACACAUCACCUACCACACUGCCAACUGGAAAGCCUUAGCUUCAGGCCAGUGGGAAGGCCAUCCCGAGGUUGAUGCUUCCAUACUCGCGGCCAAAGCGAUAGACAUGACAUAUACGCCAUUCGAGAAGUUAAAGACGAUCCCCAACAACGGAAACGAAGAGCGCCACUGGAACGGAAUAUACUAUGGUGCUGAAAAGGUUUGGCGAGGCGAGCCCGUGCGCUUGCGCCUGGGUAUGGGAUCCGACGUUCUGGUCAUUACCGAGAUCAUUGAAAAAGUCUCUCCUGUCGGCACCAAUCCACACCAAGUCAGCUCUAGGGUCGAGUUACGGGGAGACGUAUAUUCAUAUGCAACGCUUCCUGCGCCGAACCCUAAAGCGCCGCCAACUUUACCGCAAAACAACUACGUCCCUGUCCGCAUGCGAGAAGACAUGAACUGGCGAAAUCAGACGUUGCUGCCCUCUGCCGGCGAGCUUUGCUACUGGAAGCUCAUCUCAUCGAACCAACGCGUAGCCCUCGAGGAUGUCAAGGGUCGCUGGUACGAGAUCAGCGUGCUCUUUCAACAAUUCUUCUGGGAAUCCGUUCAGAAAAAAGAGGGUGGUAAUGGUAGCUGGAUGAACGCACGCGGUGACGCCACCGGUCAGAGCAAAGAGCAUGGCACUCUACAACCGGAUCGCCUCGCGGCCUUUGCCGGCGCCAUUCCGGAGCAGCUAAGACUUGUUGAUGGGCUAGAUCCGCCAGGCGACCACGAUAAAACACAGCCCGCAAUGCAAGGCAUAGAACUUGGUAUGGGUGCUGGAACUGGCGAGACUAAUUUCGCCAUCGACGAGUUUAUGAACUUCGGCGAGGACACAACAAUGCCCUUUGGCGAUAACAACAUCUACUGA